AUGAUUAAAUAAUAAGUAUUAUAUAAGAGUAUGUAUUUAACUCAUUAUUUGCCUAGGACAAAAUAUGAGAAAAAUUAUGAUUGAUGAUGAAAAGAAAACUAAGGUUUAUAAGAACUUUAUUUAAAAGGUAAUAUGUAAAUAUUAGGAGAAAUGUAUAGAUAAUAAAAAAUUGUAUUCAUUUGUCCAUGGAGACAAUAAAUUGAAAUAUAAAAUAAAUUAGUAUCACAAUUUUAAAAAGAAAGUAUGCAAAAUUUAUUAUAAAUUUGGAAAUUGCUCUUAUGAAGUAUGAUGUUAAUAUUUAUACUCAGAUAUAAGGGGGAAAAGAUUAAAUAUAGGGAAUAUUUAUAGAAGUAGACCAAAAAGAAUAUAUUUCUUUCACUUUUCUUUUAGAUAGACAAUUAAGAACACAAUCAAAAUAUGAUGAGAAUUAAAAUAAGUAUUCAAAGGAUUAUUAAAAGGUAGAAUAAUUAUUAUUUUGUAAACAUUUUUGUAUAUGA